AAUGCUACAGCGAAAGUGAACAUGAUGAUCCAGAAAUAACAGACACACCACCUCCCCCGUACACAGUCCAAUCACCACCUCCACCUUCGGAUCAGCAGAAGUCUUCUUUCACCUCGACUUUGUCAAGUGAAGCAUCUUGUUCUCUCUCCUCUCCUGAAAGCGCUUUCAACUCCCCAGAGUCAUCUUCUUCCUUGACGUCCAAAGUGGUUUAUUCCGAGAGGCAGUCCUGGCUUGACCUAGUUAACAGCUCUGCCACAGAAGAGGGUGAUCAGCCUUUAACUUUCUGUGUACAGAUUCACUCUGAUGAGCCGCCAGAAGUAGACUGUGGAGAAGCAGCAGAAAGUCAGGAGGUCCGGCUUUCCAAACCCAGUGGUGGAUCCCAGAACUCUCUUUUAGGUCCGGAUACACAUUGUCUAGCUGUGCCAGAUGCAACGCGACAGAGAUCACUAGCCAAAGAUCAGGAAAAAUGUGAUGAUGAUGAGAUGGAGCGACUUUACAAGUCAUUAGAACAAGCAAGCCUGUCUCCCAUUGGUGAUCGUCGGCUGUCAACGAAGAAGGAGCUUAGGAAGUCAUUUAUCAAACGCAGCAAAAACCCCUCCAUUAAUGAGAAACUCCACAAAAUUCGAAUGCUGAACAGCACAUUAAAGUGUAAGGAACAUGACCUCGCCACAAUUAACCAGUUGCUAGAGGACCCAAAGUUGACGGCAGUGAAGUACAGAGAGUGGAGGAACACAAACAUCAUGCUGGUCCAAGAUAUCUAUCAGCAGCAGGAGGUCCAGGACAUGUCCACAGAGAAUAGCAAGGAGCAAGAGAUGACUCCACAGCCUAUUGCUGAAAGUGCUAUCUGA